CACCAACAGGACGGGAUUCAAAAAAAGGGGGAAAAAAAGCACAGCCAGCAGGCAACAUCACCUGCAGAGCGAAACAGCGUUGGAUUUCCCCAGUGGGAAACAGACAUCCGUGCUGUUUUCCUGUAUGUCAGAGGCUUACUGCGUGUAGAAGAAUUCGCUCAAGUGUCUUUUCGGUGUUUUGUAUCAGGAAAAAAAAGAGGCGCGCAGUUUUGUCCUUCUUGAGGACCCGGGACCUUGUUGAAGCUCGGAGCGGGGACGAUGGACCGCGUUUCCGCCGGGAAUUCGCUCUCGGAGUCGGGCCGUGCGCACACAUGGGGACUGUAGCGCUUCCAGCCCGGUUUGUUUAGCGGUUGAACCGUGUUUACUGUGCCGGGAAAGGAGGUCAGGAAAGCCGCGAUGCCCGCCAGGAACAGGUACAACCUGGUGGAUGAUGUGGCGGACUCGAGGGUGCCGCUCCACAACGAGGAGGCUUACCAGCACGGGAUAUAUUUCCAAGCCAAGUACGUGGGUAGUCUUGACGUGCCCAGGCCCAACAGUCGGAUGGAGAUCGUGGCAGCCAUGAGGAGAAUCAGGUACGAAUUCAAGGCCAAGAACAUCAAGAAGAAAAAGGUCAGCAUCGUGGUGUCUGUGGACGGGGUCAAGGUGAUGCUAAGGAAGAAACAGAAGAGAAAGGAAUGGACAUGGGAUGAGAGCAAAAUGCUGAUCAUGCAUGAUCCAAUAUACAGGAUUUUCUACGUAUCACAUGACUCCCAGGACUUAAAGAUCUUCAGCUACAUUGCAAGAGAUGGCUCCAGUAAUUCCUUCAGAUGCAACGUCUUCAAGUCAAAGAAGAAGACACAGGCCAUGCGUAUCGUGCGAACAGUAGGUCAGGCGUUUGAGGUGUGCCACAAGCUCAGCCUGCAGCACGCUGAGCAGGACGCUGACGGGCAGGCUGACGGAGAAAGUGACAAGUCAACAGAGGAGCCCAGCAACCACGGUCGCACACUGACGGGGGCAGAGCGAGGGGAAGAUGAGCAGGACAGCCAACACGAGGGACGACGAGGAGGAGAAGAUCCUGCAGCUGGCAGCUCUCUGUGUGAGAAGGCAGUGAGCGAAAUUCUCCAUAGCUUGGCUGAACUCAACGUCGUCAAGCCUGGACAGACCAUCAUGGACUUCGAUCGAAGGUCUCUCUUCACUGUGACAUCCCAAGGCAUUACUCCCAGCAGCCCUUGCUCUCCUUCUAUUACUCCACUGGCAUCACAGCACUACCUGCAGCUUCUUCAGCAGCAACUGCAGCAGCAGCAGCAGCACACACAGGUGGCUGUUGCUCAGGUACAGCUGCUGAAAGAUCAGAUGGCAGCAGAGACCGCCGCUCGUAUCGAGGCUCAGGCCCGCGUCCACCAGCUGCUGCUGCAGAACAGGGAUUUGCUGCAACACCUGACCCUGCUCGUGCAGCAGCUGAAAGAGCUGGAGGCCCGCGCCCUGAAAGCAACACACCCAGGGCAGCCGCAACAGGAGCUGCAAGCUAAUGGACACGAUGGCCAGCAGUCAUCAGGUGGCUUAGUUUCAGCAUCAGCAAAGUCCCUGUCCUUAAAUCUGAAGAAUCACUACAGUCAGACCCUGGACCACCUCAUCACCUCCACGCCCUCAUGGCCGCUCGAAACCUCGCCCCUGUCGCCCACCCAGGUGGGCUGUGCUGAGUCCUACCUCAACCUGCUUAACAUGGAGAGCGGCGUCAAACCACCAGCCUCAGCCAACAAUGACCUGGACCCCUUCAUCAGAGCAAAUGGCGCUGUGGAAGACAAGGAGAUCUCCGGCAAUGAGAUUGUCCCGUUCACAUCCCAAAACUCUGCCAGCAUGGAUGAAAAGUGCAAGCAGAUAAUCCCCAAACUCGACCCUCCUCCACCUUCCGUGAACCGCAAGAGAGCUAGCAGGACAUUGUCUCCAGGGUCAGAGGUCGCAGCUGCGCCCACGCCCGCAGAGGUCACCUCUAACGACGCAGCCCCCAGCCGCAGCAGCAGCGUCUCGUUCCCUGACAUCACCCCCAGCUCGCUGUCAUCCGGUGACUUCCACUCCCUGAGCAACGGCGAGAGCAGCUCCUGCUCCACCAGCGAGGACUCGGGCGUGCGCUCCGAAACCAAGUCCCUGCUGUCGCCCCUGCGUGACGACGACGACCUGUUCGGGGACCGUGGGACAUUUUUAACAGCCUCCAGCGGCUGUAACAGUCCCCUGGAGGAGAGGGGGGAAACCAUUCUCUCAGCCGCUGAGUUGUAUCCCACUGAAGCCCCCACCCUCACUUCACAGUCGGACACUUGUGGCCACCCGCUGCCCUUCUCCUCCCCGAUGAAUGAUACCUGCCUUCACAUCAGCUUUUCUGAGGAUGAGCUGCUGGAGAGCAGCCAAGAAGACCCUAACGUCCCUCAGCGGAGCUAGGAGCUAUUGCUCUCCUGGAAAACUUCCAUCAUCUUCUGCAAUCAGCUUUUAAUCUAAUAUUUACUAUCAGACCCUCCUAUGUUUGCACUGGGCUCUAUUUCAGGGCCUUUAAUCGUUCCACCCACUUGUGACACAGUACAGGCACACAGUAGCUGAUACCAGUUCCUGGAAAGUACUCUAUUGUACAGAUGAUUAGCCUGUGGACAGAUUUAGUAUUUUUGUAAUAAAAUAAUGAGCUAAUUUACUUUUUAGUGACUAGAAUGUUUAGCAGAAUACAUGUAGCACCUCUUGCACUGUUAAAGUCAAUUUAGCGUAGAAUUCAAAGCCAACGAGGGAACACGUUUUAUUUUUGCUAGUAGUCGACGUUAAAAGAUUAUUUUGUAUGAUGGUUCACUGUGGUACAAACUAAAGAUACACGAUGACCAUGCAAAUGCUGGUGAUUUUGAUGUUGGGAGAAGCCUCGAUUUCUGCAGGAGCACCCGACGGGUAAUGGUGGGCGGAAAGAAAAGAACAAGAAAGUCAGUAAAAAAUGGAAAAUGAUGUGUUAGGGUCUGCGCACAGCUGUGUAGUGCUGUGCAUUAUGUUUUUGUACUCUCAGAGGUUAGUGGGUUUUAGAAAUUUUUUUCUUACUUGCAUUUCUUGGGCCUUAAAGCACUGCUGGGAAAAUGAGUGGAAUGUCUGCAGGUAUUCCGUGUAUUCAAUUGAUUUGUUUUGGAUGCAAUCCUUUAAAACCAAAGGGGAUUUUUGAAUUAAAAGCAUUUUCUUUUUGAGAAACUCGACAUGAAGCUAAUGACCGUGAAAGUAAUGGAUUGCGCCCGUCUGAGUGGGGAGUCUGUUACAAGAUACUGAAUGGGAAGAUAAUUGGGGAAUCAGAGAGGACCUUGGAGAAAAACAGCUUGGCAGAUGGAUUUUCUCUUCUUUGCUUCUAUCUUUGUCAAAUCUUGAAUACCCAACAAAUCUGCUUUCGUUUUCAGGGUGAAUUAACCUAAACGGUGGGAACAUUGUUGGCAUUCGAUCGAGAGAAAAGGACCUCGAGUAGUUUAAAGUGAAUCAAACUGCACUCUCAUCCCAACAGUUUAGUUAUAAAAGAAAUAAUUGUAUGAAGUUGAAAUGAAAAUGACAAAAUGUACCACCAUAGAUCAAACCAGAUUGAAAAAUUGAAUAAACUGAGUUACUUUAAAUGUCUGACAUUUUAUAAAUGAAAUCAUAAAAUGUUGAAAAAAAUGCUAGAGAUAAUAAUCGGAACAACGGACGAUGAAAAGCAGUAGCUGUUUAACUUCACGUUUAUAAGGUUUCUGUUGCCUUGUUAAUGGUGUCGAAUAAAGUGCCACCUUCUGCGAGUAGAAGUGAAUAUAAAUGGAGAUGAGGGGUAAAGCACACAAGGUCACAUGGGGGGAGUGUAAAGUUGCAGGUGUACAGGCAAAACACAGAAAUCAGGCUUUUCCCAACAUUACACGUGGCAGGGAGCUUAACAGCAAUAACAUGUGGAUGAAAAAAUAAUAAAGAGAAACA